CCUCGACUUCAUACCAUGCUCAUUGCUUUGAUUACUCUCUGCCUCGCCCUCUCUGCCUUUGCUAGUCCUUACAAGAGAGACGGUGGUCUUACCGUCUCACUGUCUGGACCAGCGAUGAAUGUCACUAGUGUCGAUGACCUCAAGUUCACAGCGACUGUGGCCAAUACUGGCUCAGAGUCGCUGAAGAUCUUGAAGUAUGGGACGAUUUUGGACGACAUCCUUCCGACGCGCUCCUUCACUAUUACGAAGGACGGAGAGACCGUUCCGUUCACUGGGAUCAAGCUUACGGUUUCUUUGCAAAACAUUGAUGACUCGGCGUUUGCAGUCAUUUCUCCUGGAGAGUCGGUUGCUGUGGAGCAUGAGCUGUCAACGCUCUUCGACUUUGCCUCCGCUGGUCCGGGAACGUUCACCUUUACGCCUGUGACGACGUUCCAGAUGGUCGGUGCCGAAGCUGGAUUCAUCAAUGCGGUGAGCCUCGAUAAGGUUUCAGUAACCUCCAGCUCGGUUGAAGUGCACGUCUCCGGAGACCUGGCGAAACGGGAUCUUCCCGUCUUGGAUGCUCGCGCUGUUGAUAUUUGCACCUCUACUUCCCAGAGGAGCUUUAUCGACGCAAGCUAUACCGAGGCCAAAUCCUUAGCUUCUAUUGCGUCGUCUUACAUUGCGACCAAUGGCGCUAACUCUCUCUACACGGCUUAUUAUGGUGCUACCUCGACAUCCACGAUCCGCGGUGUGUUUAAUAACGUCGCAAGCGAAUCAUCCAGCUCGAGGACAUUGAGCUGCACGGAUACGUUCCGCGCGUGUAGCAGCGGCGUUAUCGCCUAUACCGUCAUCUCUACCACGAAUGUUUACUUCUGCAGUCUCUUCUUCAGUGAGGUUCCCAGUGCCAAUCUCUGUCGUGGGACCAGCGUGGCGUCGCGGAAUGUCCGGGGUGGGACUACUCUCCAUGAGCUGACGCAUGCGACUUCUGGUACUGACGAUGUCAUUUAUGGAUGUGCGAACGACCAGGCGCUUUCUGAUGCGAACCAGCGUAGGAAUGCUGAUAAUUAUAAUUGUUUCUCGACCCAGGUGUACCAGAAUACUCAGUGUUAGACUCGGAAGUGUUGUAUGGAGACCGGAGAUUUGUUGAAUGGAGGCUCGAAGGAUUCUUAUACAGUAUGUCUGACGUUAGAAAGACCUGCUGAACUAAUAAAUAACCUGCUUUUCCGUUUAACG